GCGCGCGCCUGCUCAGUGCGUGCUGGCCCGGCGGUACGGUGCCGGCUUCAACGGCGACGUCCGAACCUCUGUACGCCUUGUUCGGGCCAGUUGUGGGGGAAUGGAGCCGGUGGGCGGCGGCGGUGGUCGCCACCUGCCCUCCGCAGACCCACGAAGCACCUUCGUGUUAAGUAACCUAGCAGAGGUGGUGGAGCGUGUCCUCACUUUCCUGCCAGCCAAGGCGUUACUGCGGGUGGCCGGCGUGUGCCGCUUGUGGAGGGAGUGUGCGCGCAGGGUGCUGCGGACCCAUCGGAGUAUGACCUGGAUCUCCGCGGGCUCGGCGGGUGCCGGCCACCUGGAGGAACAUUGCUUGGUCCGCGUCGUAGCCGAGGAGCUUGAGAAUGUUCACAUCUUACCACGGACAGUUCUUUACAUGGCCGAUUCAGAAACUUUCAUUAGUCUGGAAGAGUGUCGUGGCCACAAGAGAGCAAGGAAAAGGACCACAAUGGAAACAGCAUUUGCCCUUGAGAAGCUAUUCCCGAAACAAUGCCAAAUCCUUGGAAUUGUGACCCCAGGAAUUGUAGUGACUCCAAUGGGAUCAGGUAGCAAUCGACCUCAGGAGAUAGAAAUUGGAGAGUCUGGCUUUGCUUUAUUAUUCCCUCAAAUUGAAGGUAUUAAAAUACAACCCUUUCAUUUUAUUAAGGAUCCAAAGAAUUUGACACUAGAAAGACAUCAACUCACGGAAGUAGGUCUUUUAGAUAACCCUGAGCUUCGUGUGGUCCUUGUUUUUGGCUAUAACUGCUGUAAGGUGGGAGCCAGUAAUUAUCUACAGCGAGUAGUCAGCACUUUCAGUGACAUGAAUGUCAUCUUGGCUGGAGGCCAGGUGGAUAACCUGGCAUCACUGACCUCGGAAAAGAACCCUCUGGAUGUUGAUGCCACUGGAGUGGUUGGACUGUCGUUUAGUGGACCCCGAAUCCAGAGUGCCACGGUGCUUCUCAGUGAGGACGUCAGCGAUGAGAAGACGGCGGAGGCCGCGGUGCAGCGCCUCAAAGCCGCCGGCAUUCCUGAACGGAACACUGUCGGUUUCAUGUUUGCGUGUGUUGGUAGGGGCUUCCAGUACUACAGAGCUAAGGGGAAUGUUGAGGCCGAUGCAUUUAGGAAGUUUUUUCCUAGUGUUCCUUUGUUUGGCUUCUUUGGAAAUGGAGAAAUUGGAUGUGAUCGUAUAGUCACUGGGAACUUUAUUUUGAGGAAAUGUAAUGAGGUAAAGGAUGCUGAUCUGUUUCACAGCUAUACAACAAUAAUGGCGCUGAUUCACCUGGGCUCAGCUAGAUAAAGCCACCUAUAAAGGGGCUUUCACAUUAUGUGACUUUUGGGCUCUGCCUUUUCCAGAAAGUGGAAACCUGGGAAAUGCGUAUUUCAAACAAAAAUAACUUUAUAGGUACCUGUUUUUAGCUUUGAUGCUCUAAAGAUUACACUGGGGGUAGUUUUUAAGUAUUAGAUGGACAACUUUGUACAUAACAGUGCAGACCAAGAGUUGAGAGCUUUUGUAUCAGGCACAAGUAAACUGAUUAUGGCUAUAUUGCACCAGAUUAUGUAGCUGCUGUGAAAUGUGACUUUAAAUGGUCUUCUGCCGAGGAAGACUGAAAGAGGAUUCAUCAACAGGAUGAAGAAGGAAGGCGCCCCAUGACUACCUCUGCAUUGUUAGAUCUUUUAGCAGAAUCAUGAUGACAUUUUUCUCUCCUAAAGGAGAAAAAUACACAGAUGGCUUGAGAAAUCUUUCUGCUUUAUAAUUUUACCAGUUUUUCCAGAAGCUGUAACAAAAUACUUUUUACUUAUUUGAUAAAAAUUAAAGAACUAUUUUUCUUUUAGUAUUCUAAAGUUGUUUAGUCUAAUAAAUUCCCAAGAUUAACAGUAUUUUAUUACUUCUUAAGGAAAAAAAUCUGCCUUUUCCCUUAAUUAAGAAAUUGUAAGAGAAAAUCCUUUUUCUUUCACCUACUGGUAUGUAGCUGAUUAGCAGGCCAGACAAUUAUAUCACCUUAUUUCAGUUUUAUACCAAGAAACUGUACCCUGGAAACUCAUUCAGGUAGUAGUUUGUAUUUCAUUGCUUUUGGUAAGUGACUAAAGGAAGUAAACUAAUCAUUUGUAAAAGAAAACCCAGAAUAGGGGGUAUUUGUCAGCCAGUAAAUAAGGUUUGAAUCCCUCAUUAUGCAAAUAUCUAUAUGAGAUGUGCAGAGAACACCGAUUUUCCCCCAAUAUCUAUUCUUCCCAUUUCACAUUGUGAUAGAAGUUUUGGUUUUUAGCUAAAUGCAUACCUUCCCGGUCUCCCUUGCAUGAAUGAAUGUUCUGGCCAAGAAAUGUGAAGUGUCCUUGAUAAUAGUGUGCCUGUUUUUUUGCCUGUUCUUAGUCCUUUUGCUUGGAAGUGGAUCUGGUAGUUUGCCAUCUUAGACUCUACAGAAGGGACAAUACUCAGUUGUGGAAGAGACCACACAAAAUGAUCCUGGGUCAUUGUACAAUUUUGUUGAAGUGCUACUAUAGCUGUUGUGGACUGCCUACCUCCAGACUGGUUUACAGGACAGAAAUUUAACAUCAUUCUUCCCUUAGUCACUUUUUUUUCCAGGUCUUCGUUAAAGGAUGUUUUUAUAUUACCAUAUUCUACCUAAUACAGUAUAACUAAUGGAUGACACUUGUGUAAUGGCCACUUAACAGGCAGUAGAAAACUUGCAAGUAAUCAAAUAUAUUGUCAUUCCUACUUUUUUAAAUCACUUUUCUCCCAAUUUUUACCUCAAAAGAUUUUUCUCUUAAUGUUUUUGUAAAUGAGAAAAAUACUUUAAAUUUUCCUUUAUAUUAUGAUUAUCCUAAAUAUUUGUUCCUGAAGAAAGUCCAGAGAAGAGUUUGUCAUAGAACUUUUAAAAUGUGAAUAUUAAUAUUUAGCCAUUAAGGUAUUAUUUGACUCUGGUACUCAUUAUCAAGUAGACAACACCUCAAAAUUUAAGUUCUUAGAUAUGCUUACAUAGCACACAGGAACAUACUUUGUAAAUUUUCUUUGUCCCUGAUAUUAAGCAGACUUGGCUGAAGAGAAGAAAAACUAUUUUAAAAACUGAAAAGAACAAAUGAGUCUAAGGAUUGAAUGGAUUUAAUUUUUCAAAUUAAUACUCAUAUAAAAUGUUACUUCUCAAAGGAGUCUACUGCAGGUCAUCUCAAUACAAUAUUUGAUGUUAAUGUAGGAUUCCUUUUUAUAGCUGAGCCUUUGGGGCUUGUUACGAACAAUAUAUUCAUUUUGCCACAAGGUUGUAACCUUGGUGCAGAACAGAAAGGGGGAAAAGUUGACCCACUAAAAAAUAAGGCUAGUACUGAUGAAGACAAAAGUCAUCCACCCUCCCUUUCAGAGGCCUUGAAGUUUAAUAGUAAUUUAACCAAAGUUAGAAUGGAAUAAUUUAUUACAAUUUUGAACAGCUUAACUUAAAAGCAAGCAUUAAAGGAAUAAUGACUGUUUUAGCUUAAAACAUACCAAAUUCCUAGAAAUGGCAACCACUGUAGUUAUUUGUGAAAUUGGAAAAUGAUUACAUAUGGAGAAAUUGAUGUGAGCAGAAAGGAGAAGAUGUGCCUUUAAUGUCUUCACACUCAACUGCCUUCUCUCAAGUGAUGAUCAGAUUGAUAGGAUGGUUUAUUUAAUCAAGACAUUUAAAAAUAUUAAUUUCUUUUAUAUGCUUUCCAAGCAAAAUCUGGCUGCAGCUGCAGUUUGCUUUGUAAAAAGGCUGCUUCAAGGAAUAUAUUUCCAUUUCCUUUUAUCCAAGUAGAAUUGAACUUCUUACAAACCAAGUAGCAAUCUAAGGAAGAGGAGGGAAGGUAGAUCUUGGGAUUAAGACUUAGAAAUACACAUCCUACAUGCUGAUAGAAUUAAUAAUCUGUAACCUGUACUAAUGAAGAGGGUCUGGUAGGCCACUUCACUAUUAUAAUUCUCUCAGCUUUGCUUAAACCCGGAUUUUUGGCAAACAUACCACCUUCUUCACCUACUGAGACCAGAUAGCAAAAAAUUUGCCACUGGUUUAUAUUGCAAAUUUAACACAAUGAACAUGCAAAGAAUUUUAAAAACUUAAAAAUCUGAGAAUUUUCUCUGCAUUCUGCAGAAAUUUGAGAAUGAAUAAAGUCACUGCUGUGUUGUGUGUCUACACAGUAUAACCGAGGUUAGCACUACCAUAAGUUCAAUUUUAAUCAAAAGAGAAGACUGUAAAUCAUCGUGAUUGGAAAUUGUGAGAUCUUUAGAUGACUGACUUGAUUUUCAUUUGUAGAAACUGAGCAUGCGUCUGCUUAGUGAAAAUCCUAAAAUAACAAAAACAGCAUUAGUAAUAACAUCCUUGUUAAAUUAACAAAA